UUUCAGCGUAAACUGACGCCAGCUAUUCGGUUCUGCAGCUUGUAGGAGGUUUUAGGUUCUGUUAGAAAACGAGUGGUUAUAGAAUAGUAUUUUUUAAGUGAACAUCACAAAGAUAAUGUGCAAUAGCGCGACUCUAACGUGAGUUUGACGGUUGUGGUUAAGCGCUUCAUCAAACAGGAGGGACGAUUCUGAAGUUUGCUGGAACCGAGGCACUCGGAUUAUCAAAAGCGCAUUUUCUUCAACGGUUUUGGGGUGGAUGAAGCAAAACAAGUUUCAGGACAGCCGCUUUAUCACUGUUUAAUACCACACAGUAACUUCUGAAGUGAUUCCAGCACCCUUUGACCUUCGAGAUACGUAUAAAUAACGGAGCCUAAGUUACCUGUUGAUACUCCCGUUUGUGGGAAAGUGCGUGGCAGCCGAUAUCUUAUGUCCGGCACAAAGCUGGGAAGACAGAUAGGACCUGAGGAAAGCAGCCCCACUCAUUGGAGCAAAAAAGCACAAAGAGCCUUCCUGUUGCUUUCCUCUCCUCUUUUGACCUCUGCUCGACCCUAGCAAUCAACAGGGCUCAGUUGUGACCUCUAACCUGGCCUCCGUCUCCAGUCUGCUGCCGACCGACCUCUACUUCAGAACAACAGAGGGAGGAAAUAACAAGUGAUAUAGCCUCAGCCAGAUGUCCGAAGCCUCUUCCUUACAUUGCUGCUGCCUCUCCAAAAGGAGAAAACUGCACCGUCUGCCCCACACAGGAUUUUGCUGAGGGUCUCUGAAUACAGCAGAGAAGCUCUCAUUUGUGUCUGCAGGCGAUGGUGAACAGUCGCGUGGAAAGCUCCGCGGUUGCGGUAACAGGAGGCAGUGGCGGGGCAGUGCGCUCCUGUGCUGGAUGCGGUGGUCGGAUAUCGGAUCGCUUUCUGCUCUUCUCCAUGGAUCGGUACUGGCAUACGCGCUGCCUCAAGUGCUCCUGCUGCCAGGCUCAGCUGGGAGAGAUCGGCAGCACCUGCUUCAGCAAAGGAGGGAUGAUCCUCUGCAGGAACGAUUACAUCAGGUUGUUUGGUCACAGUGGAGCUUGCAGUGCAUGUGGACAGUCUAUUCCUGCCAGUGAGAUGGUGAUGAGGGCCCAGGGUAAUGUCUAUCAUCUAAAGUGUUUCACCUGUGCCACUUGCCGAAAUCGCUUGGUUCCCGGUGACCGAUUUCACUAUGUCAACGGCACCAUUUUUUGUGAGCAUGAUCGACCAGGUGGAGCUUUGCUCAGUAGUCAUCUGACCCCCCUGCAGAGCAACACCCUGCUGCCCGACCAAAAGGUGUGCUGAGGAAACCUGGACUUAUUAUUUGCGGUGUGCCUUCUCUUCAAAUCUUUCCUCACAUCUUCCCUCCAAUCUCUCCUUGUGAAUGUCCACCUUCAUCCAAGACCUUCUGCCCACUUCUGCGCAUCCAGCCACCUUAAAAGAGUUCAGAACUACGCAAGUACUGUGAGUCACUUGUGAGACAAUCACCCCUGACAAGGGAAAACGUAAUCAAGUCGAAGAAAGACACAGAAGCUAAAAAUGGUCAUACGCACUCCCUCGUAUGCGGUCUGUGUGGUUAUGGCUGGGAUGACCUGACCCUGAAAGCCUUAGACUCAUUUUCAAGAGCAGUUCUUUAAAGCUGGCGUGAUGCUCAACACCUUUUUCUUCCCCUUUGAGAUGUUUCUCAAGAAAUGUUGUGAACAUCACUUGACAUUUUGGACUACGGAUGGUGAUGGUUUUCACUUUAUGCCCUCAAAACGACAUCCAUAUUUCAAAAGACUUAGUUUCAGUGGUUGUUGCUUUUGUUUACAGGCCCUUUUCUUAAGUGUAAGUUUAUUCCUUCCUUUUUUUUUUUGAACAUGUUCUGCCGUCUUUGGUGCCUAAAAACAUUUUUACUUCCGGUUUCCCCUCCAUUGUCAUUUACUUCCUAUUAGCAAGUAAUCGUACACAUGCACAGUACAGAUACGUGAACAUGUAUUGUUUGUCUACUCGAGUUUAUGACAUACGAAGAGCUCUUUUUGAAAGAGUCACAGUCUCAUGAGGAAACGGCAUGUUUUUUUUUUGUCUCCCCCCCCAAAUGGUUUGGUAGAAUAAAUAAGUCUGUAUGCAUAUUCUCUAAUAGAGACUGCUAUUCAGUGUCUGCCAAGACUUUGAGAGUAUGGAGGAGAUGGAGAGUAAAAUUGUACAUAUUUCAUGUGCUGUUGUGUGUUGUGUUCAGUGGUUGACCUGUUUCCUUGUGUCCCCUGUUCAAAAAGAGGGACGUUCAAAAAUAAGAUAUCUGUAAAGGAAAAAAAAGUACUUAAUUAAAUAAUUAUAACCAUCAAAAAUGCAGUCUUGACGUCUCUGCUCUGCCUACAUCAAUAUUUGAUGGUUUUGGCUUCGUGUGUUGGACACUCAUUGGAAGUCGAGACGGCUCUCCAAUAGUCCUUGGCCAAAAAAACAUGGUUCAUUACCUUCCAGAUUUCAACACAAACCCUUGUGUCUGCAUCAUUACAGAGAGUAAUGAAAGGCAUUUGAGCUGGCGCUUUCUCUUUCUCCUGCCGUGAUUUUAGUCUGUGGAUCUCGCUAAAGGGAGGUCUUGUGCAUCUUUGUGAACGUCGCUACAAAAUGAACGUUACAUUCCCGCCCUUUUCUUUCAUGUCUAGAUUUCAUUUACUUCUUCUAAAUCUGCCUCUUUCUGAUCUCAUUUGCCGAGGUUUGAGAAGUUUUCUCAUUAUGGCAUCUCUGGUAAUUGCUUUUUGGCAUUGAACUCCCUCGUAUCUUGUUUAUUUAAUUAGCUAAUUAAACCCAUCUCUCUUUUUUCAACUACCUUUGGCCUGUAAUCACAAGGUGUUCCUUCCCAAUUUACUUUUACGAUUAAUAAAAAAUGUUCCUUUCGCUCGCGUUUCUUAUGAGAAAAAUGGAAGCCAAGUUUGCCUCAUUAUGGCUGUUGGUGGAUGUGGAUGUGUUGGGUACGGGGUGUAAAAGCCAGCUGUGACUUUUCACAUUGAAGUACUCUGUGCUCGUUUGUGGGGUAUUAAAAGUCGGAGGUUAGAUCACACUCAGAAAUUAUGCUCCGCUACGUAGGACACACUAAGUAGUUUUAAACAGAUAUGAAUCCGUGUGUAUAUGGGGAAAAGACUAAUAGGGGUUUUCAAUGAUCAAAAACUUAUCGCGCAUUUUUACUGUGGUUUACUGAAGACAUCCAUUAAAAAUGUCUUCCAGUACAAAAAUAGAAAUAGCCUAUUUUGGGCAUA